UUGGACAGGCAUAAUGCCAAGCACCAUUGUCCCCAUCAAUCUAACCAGGAGUCACUCCCUGAAGGCUGCUCCAGAGGGACUGAGGUAUGGGAACUUUGAGGGAGUGGUUUACCUGCCACCAAUAAAAUCAGACUCCUCUGUGGGUGUGCAAAACUACUCCAAGUUUAACAACCAGCAAAUUUACAAGACUAUCUGUGAUUGGUUUGAUUCCUGGAGGCCAUGGCAACAAAAGACUCUACUGUAUGGUAUUGUGGACAGGUGCAGUACCAGACAGCUGGACAUUUUAGCUACCACACUGGAACCAGUCAAACACAGAGACUAUGCAGCUGCCUACAAACUCCGCUACCCACUGUCUCCGUUCAUGAACUCCAAAACCAGGUCUGACAUUGAAGAAAGCAAGACUCCCUCCAAAACAGGCAGCCAACAGUCACAGAGAAGUGACAACAACAGUGUGUACACUAUCGCUAGCAUGUAUGAUGAGAAAGCUUUGCUUGGAACUCCCAAAAAAGAUGUUUCAACAGUCAAUUCACUCAAGUACGACCAAGAAGAUUUGAUGUCAGAUUCAGCCGUUAGUUCAGUACCCUCAUCCACCAACAAGGAGGGGAACACAGGAAAUGUUUUCACUGAAAAACUGGGAGUCAUUCAGGAGAGAGUUAUUUUUUCAGAGAAGACAGAACUGUCCCCUGUUCAAAACUUUGCCGAAAAUUUGGCUAGCACCAUCAUGCAGAGUGCCAUGGAGGAAGUGGCUAUACUUCAGAAGUUUGUGAACAGAGAAAACACAAUGUUCACUGAAGAGGAGAAGGUAGAAUCCAGGAGGUCCAGUUUACGGAGGAGCCAAUCACUUCAGACUCGAAGGAAAUCGGACCUGAGUCUCAUUCCACCCCCAGGCAGGGAGUUCCGCAUCAUUACUCCUGGUAUUAGAUCUAUGGUGGGGAAAACUGAGCUGCCAAAACCUGGGACAGAGGUGACAAGGAGUCUGUCUAAUAUUUCACAAAAAAGUGUGUCCAAACUGAGGUAUGAGUUUUACGGAGCCCCAACAAGUCUAAGUACCCCAGACUUCUUCUCCAAACGAGGACUAGCUAGAGAAGGAUCCAUGCAGAAAGAAAUCCGAUUUGGUCAAGUAAAAAAGCCCAGAUAUCUGCAGGAUGUUCCCAUUUCUCUACAGCGGUCAUUCAAGGGAGUCAGGGGGUGGACAGAACAGCCUCAUGAGGGAAUGGUCUUCCUGAAAGCCAAGAAGAAUGACCUCAUUGCUCACUUCAAGGAGCAGCUCCUCAAAAUUUGGAGUUGGCUUGAGAUGUGGGAGGACUAUGAGAAGAUAAGUUUAUUAAAGGAAAUUCUGAAGAUUGCAGGAUCAGGGGUAUUAAAUGCCAUGUAUCAUCAUAUACAACAAAGACUGAGAGGAGCUAGGGACAUCAACAGACUGUCAGAUAAGAUUCUCCUCUAUAUCUUCUCCUUACUCAUGCCAAGAGAUGUUGCCAUUUCAGCUCAGGUUUGUCGGAGAUGGAGGUUUUUGUGUGCUACAGACAGCCUCUGGAUGAUCAAAUGUCAUGAAUUAGGGUUACAAGAGGGCAUAACCAACAUGGAGGAUAUAGUGUUGAGGGCAAACACCAGAAAGAUGGGCAUUGAUUGGAAGCUGGCAUACAAUGAAUUAAAGACAUUAACAAACAUGAUGAAGAUGGAGGCCAGAAGGAGAGAGCUAGCUGCCAUUGAAGAAGCUGAGAGAUUACAGAGACUUAGGGCAGAGCAUGAAGCAAAUAAUCAUAUUUCAGGAGAUAUGUCACAAAAUGUAGGUAACUUCCCUACUUUGCACGAGGUUGCUCUGGAGCAACCUCCCAAAUUUCAGCUGAAAUCUGAAGACAUCUUAGUUCAGUAUCAAAGGAUGUUUCACUAUGAUGUCUACACCCCCUCUUCACAUUCAGAGGAUAGAAGAAACAUAUCCACAGCACAAGUUGACAUUGAGGUAAGAAGAGGAACCCAGGCCGUGAUUGAACAGGAAGAAGCAGAGAAGAAGGAGAAAGAGGAGGCCAGAAAGAGGGAACGAUAUGCCAUCAAAUUCAAGAGGGAAAAUAAGGAGGGGCCAGCAGGGGGUAAAAAAGAGGAAGAGGAGAAGAGCGAUGAGGGGGAAGAUGUGUCAGAUGAGGACCUCUCUCAGUAUGGGGAUUUUAUCUACCAGGCCUGUGAAGAGGAGGAGGGGGAGGAGACAGAUGAAAGAGAACAGACUGCAUCCCAGGCCCACUGGAAGCCAUUGAAGAAAUCUGGUGCAGAAGACAAGCCAAAAGAACUGGAAAAGAUUGAGGCAGACCACCAGAAAGAGCAGAAACAGAGAGAGAAGGACGAGAAGAAGAGAUUCAAAACCCAGAGACAGAAGACUGAUGUUAGGGAGGUCAGAUCUAUGGUAAAACAGAGACCCCAGCCCAGGAAACCAAAGGAUGAAGUGGCUCUGGAUGUCAGAACUGACCUUGUACAGGCAGAUGACCUUCUGGUAGGAGAUUUAUACUAUUUUGUGUCAUAUAAUUUUCACUUAGAAUGGAAGAAAGAAGAGAACCAAGAGGAAGAGAGUGAGUACAAACUCUCAGUCCAGCGGUACAUGGGGGUGGUCAAAAGUGUCAGGAGAGUACGUAAACUCCAGGGCCACAUGAAUGGGGUGGUGUGUGUACACUUUGACAAGAAGCGCCUGAUAUCGGCCGGUCUGGACAGGUGUAUAAGUUACUUCUACGGACACAAGGGUGGAAUAAGAUGUCUGCAAUUUGAAGGCAACACACUCAUCUCUGGCUCAUGGGACACAACUCUCAUUGUGUGGGAUCUUAAAGCGUUUGAGAAGAAAGCUGUUUUGGAUGAUCAUAGAGGCUGUGUCUCUUGUGUACAGAUGAACCAUAAGUACAUACUCUCCGGAUCACACGACAAGACAGUGAAGUUGUGGCACAGGGUGACCUUUCUGCACUACAAGACAAUUGAGCCGGGUCACAAGUCUGGCAUCCAUUGUCUGCAUUAUGACGGGGAAUGUGUUGUCACAGGCUCCAGUGACAUGACACUACGGCUGACAAACGUUGAGAGCGAGCAGUGUUUGCACGUGUUUGAGAAUGGCCAGAACCAGGUCUUGUCAGUUUUGAUCCAGGGAGACUUGCUGCUAAGUUCUGACACACAGGGACAUGUUUAUUUUUGGAAUGCAAGGACUGGUGAAAGUGAGGCUGCCAUCCAGGCACAUGAUGCAGCAGUGAACAAACUGGCGUUCCACAAAGGGCGCUUCUUUACAGCAUCCUCGGAUUGCACAGUGAGAGAGUGGGAUUUACUGACCAUGACCAGUGUCAGGGUUCUCCAAGGUCACAAGGGGCCCAUCAGGGAUGUCAAGGUCUCAAACGAACGCAUUGUGACGUGCAGUGAUGAUGGCACCAUUCGUAUCUGGGAUCUCAUCGAAACCAAGCGAACUAUACGUCAUAAGUGAUCCCUAUUUCAGACCCACUGACGACAUGACUCUGAUCACGUGAUCCAAGAUGGACCAGACGACACUAUAUUAUUGAUAUUCAGUUUUGAAAAAGUAUUGUUUUGGUUGUUUUUGAUGUAAUUUAUUGUAACCAUUAGCUGAGCUGUGAUACCUCGUUACAUUUAUGUGCCUUAAUAAGAUUUAUAUUUUAAUUUCUUAAUUUAUAUACUUUGUCUCAUACCAAGUAUUAAUGAUAACAAGAAAGCUUGCCAUUUUUUGUAUUCAGCAGAUUUGUUGGUAUUCUAAGCACGUAUGUAACAUUUGUUAACUAGAAUAUCAACUUCUUAGUCACCAUCAUUCUUCAUUUUGUUGUAUGGUAGAAUACGUGCUCUAAAACAUACAAAAAGUUAAAUUCAGGAAAACCUUGAUGAUUUUUGUGUUUUCGACUGCUCGAUUUAUUAAAUAUUGUGCGAGUCGCCAGCUAUUUUUAUGAAAAUUAUUCAUUUAGAUCUAGUUCAUUCUUUUCUAUAUAAAACAUUUAAAAAAAAAACCUUAGCCAAAUAAUGAAUCUGAAUCGGUAUAAGUAUAACAUACCCUCCCUGUCUUCAAUGACUGCCUAAUUGCAAUUUAGUUUGGGACCCCUUUUUACGAAAGAACUUGCAACGUAAACCAAAAAAUCUUGAUUUAGACAUUUGACUUUUAAAUUUGUAUAUUUCCUCUUUAGCUCUAUAAUGGAGCUGGCCUAUUAUGGUCAUUAUCUAAAAAAUAUUAAGAAAUUUCGUCUUGACGAUUGUCCUAGAUAUUGGUAAAUGUUUUGUAAUGGUGUACUUAUCUUGCGGAUUACUUAUCAGCUGUAGGUAAAUCAGUAUGAUAUAUUUUAACUUCCCCUUCUUUGUCUCUCGUCUUGGACUCUGAUUCCCAUAAAUGAUAAGCUGAAUUAAGUGCACGUUUAUUUUUGUUUUGUCUUUUUUUUUUACAGCAGAAAAUUUAGAACUGACCACAAGAUUUUAUCAAUGCUUUGCAAUCUGGUCACGCUUUUGAAGCAGUUUGUUGUAUAUCAAUUAACUGUUAUCUGAAAGGAUUGUUUAGAGGUCUUGCUUGUUUGUUUGUGUUUUUCUCGUGUAGAAACACGAUAAAUACUCUGUUCUUAAGAAUAUCUUUAAAUGAGAAGAAUUGUAGCUCAAGAAGGCGAAGCUUAGCUCAAGGAGAUACUGCAGUGUUUUGUAGAACCCACUUACCAAGUGCUUCUGCAGCGAGUGGAUUCUGAAACUUUUUGGAGAUUGCAAGGAUAACAGUGAUAAAUACGCUAGUUAAACAGAAAUUCUGUAUCUCUGCAUCCAUUGAUAUGAUUGUUAAUGAACGAUACAAUUAUAUCAGGUCGACAUCCACUGAUGUUUUUUUUUUUUUUUUUUUUUGAAGUUUAAAUCAUUAGUUGGCACUACUUGAUUUCACUAUAUAUCUUGUUACUGUGUUACGAAACAGAUUCACAGUUUUUUUUAUUUGUCACCACUAGUCAUUUUUCAAGAAUUAAGCAUGGUCAUGUUUUCUGUGAUUAACAUAUAUAUGAUCAAUAUGUAUUGUGAAUUAUAUUUUAUUACGAUCAAACGCUCAAAUCCUAUUUUUAUUUUAUUCAUUAUAUAUAUUUAUUUUUCAACUUUUGUUUGGUAUACACAUAUUUAUAUCCAUGUAUUUAUUUUUAUAUAAGCAUUUGAAGAAUGUGUCUGUGACGUUUUGUAUUUUUGAUCGUGUUUUAAAUAUAUAUACAAGUGUAUGGAAACAGAAAGACUUAUAGAGUGCUUUACUUAAUCUUUUUGUUGUUUCUUUCAGUAAUCAAAGAGUUGAACUAAUCAAUAUUCAAUAGUCUUUGGUUGAGGGAUAGAAAAAAAAAUUAUAAAUUGCUUUAUAUGGUUAAUGGCAUAAAAACGUUUUAUUCAAUUCAAAUAGAUAAGGUUUGGUACCGGUAAUCAUUAUUAUUUUUUCUAUAUCAUUGUAGAGGUUGACUAUUGACGUCAAGAAUAACUCUUCCUUUAAAACAGUUUGCUUUGAAGUUUUAUGUAUCAUAUUUAGUGGUAUUAAUAAACAUUUAUGACUCCUUAAAGUUCAAACUGUACAUCCGAUCUAGCUCUUUGAAAAUCUAAACAAAAAAUCAUAUAUUUACUAUCGUCAUGUUAAUAUGAUUUGUUUUAUUGUG